AUGUACGGCUGGUUGAUUCACGAUGUCAAUCCUUUGCAGCUCGGCGGAGGCCCAAGUGACCCAACAGAUAUCUCUUGUCGGGAAGAACAGUUCACAUGCACUGAUCGUAAAAGAUGUUUGGAGAAUUCUUUUGUUUGUGACGGAGAAGUUCAGUGUGAUGAUGGCUCAGAUGAAUCAGAUUGUGAAGACCCAACAGAUAUCUCUUGUCGGGAAGAACAGUUCACAUGCGCUGAUCGUAAAAGAUGUUUGGAGAAUUCUUUUGUUUGUGACGGAGAAGUUCAGUGUGAUGAUGGCUCAGACGAAUCAGAUUGUGAAGACCCAACAGAUAUCUCUUGUCGGGAAGAACAGUUCACAUGCGCUGAUCGUAAGAGAUGUUUGGAAAAUUCUUUUGUUUGUGACGGAGAAGUUCAGUGUGAUGAUGGCUCAGAUGAAUCAGAUUGUGAAGACCCAACAGAUAUCUCUUGUCGGGAAGAACAGUUCACAUGCGCUGAUCGUAAAAGAUGUUUGGAGAAUUCUUUUGUUUGUGACGGAGAAGUUCAGUGUGAUGAUGGCUCAGACGAAUCAGAUUGUGAAGACCCAACAGAUAUCUCUUGUCGGGAAGAACAGUUCACAUGCGCUGAUCGUAAAAGAUGUUUGGAGAAUUCAUUUGUUUGUGACGGAGAAGUUCAGUGUGAUGAUGGCUCAGAUGAAUCAGAUUGUGAAGACCCAACAGAUAUCUCUUGUCGGGAAGAACAGUUCACAUGCGCUGAUCGUAAAAGAUGUUUGGAGAAUUCUUUUGUUUGUGACGGAGAAGUUCAGUGUGAUGAUGGCUCAGAUGAAUCAGAUUGUGAAGACCCAACAGAUAUCUCUUGUCGGGAAGAACAGUUCACAUGCGCUGAUCGUAAAAGAUGUUUGGAAAAUUCUUUUGUUUGUGACGGAGAAGUUCAGUGUGAUGAUGGCUCAGAUGAGUCAGAUUGUGAAGACCCAACAGAUAUCUCUUGUCGGGAAGAACAGUUCACAUGCGCUGAUCGUAAAAGAUGUUUGGAAAAUUCUUUUGUUUGUGACGGAGAAGUUCAGUGUGAUGAUGGCUCAGACGAAUCAGAUUGUGAAGAGACUUGUGACCCUGAGGAGGCAGAAGUAGUAAUUCCUGGAGGAAAUUUUGUCUCGGAAAGGGAAGAAGGCGAGAACUAUAAGGAUGGAGACAAAGUGAAUUAUAUCUGUAACGACAACUUUGCUAUGGAAGGGAAUCCUUUUGUGGUCUGCAGUGCAGGAGGCAAAUUCAACAGCCAACCUCCUAAGUGUACAGCUGUCAACACCGACUGCGACGAGUUUACGGUAGAAAAUGGAAAACUCAGUAUCAAGCAUCCCUACUUGACUAAUGAUGAAGUACAAGUAACUUGUGGAACAGACUACUUUCCGGAUGGAACAAACCCGAUAAGGUGUGUGGAGAAUGGUUGGGAAAAUGACGCGCCUGUUUGUGUUACAGAUGAUGGUAGUCAAUGUGUACCGUUAAGUCCCCCCAAGAACGGGGAUUUUACCUGCUCGGGACUUGAUGAGGGUAAAGCUGUAGCUGGGAGCAAGUGUAGCGUUUUCUGUAAAGAAAGUUUCUUAGCUGUUGAAGAUGCAGUUGAGGAAACCACGUGCGAGGCCGAUAGUUUCACGUGGACACAUCAGAAUUCAGACAAUCCUCUUGCAGAACUCCAGCCUUGCAUGGCAAUGAUUGCACCAGAAGAAAAGAUGUUAAGCAACGAAGUAACGAUCAAGAGUAUUUACUGUCAGACUGAAGAUGAGAAAAAGGCAAUAACUGAAACUUUAAAAAAGUUCCUCCAAGAAACGCUUCUUAUCUCCUGCUUGGGAUCAGGAGUUUGCCAGGUUAAUGAUGUGCUUUGUACGCCGGGCAAUGAUGAUAUCGUGCUAAAUUUUGACGUGGUGCAAACUAGUGAUAUGCUGAACUUGGAAGUGCUGGAGGAAGCUAAAACGAAAAUAACAAAUAGUGUGACGUCUGAAACCUUCACUCUGACAAUUGACGAUGGAAAGAGGAGGAGAAGGAGGUCGGUCACUAUGUCAGCUGACAAAGAUUUUCUGAAGGUUGAAGAAAAGGUGACAUGCGGACCUGGGGAGGUAACCAAGGAUGGAGUCUGUGUAAAAUGUCCCGCUGGUUACAAGACUGUCGACGGAGCAUGUGUAGCAUGUGAGAUAGCAACAUACAACGCAGCUGAGGGAGCUUCAGAUUGUAUAGCGUGUGAUGGAGAUAAGACUACAUACGGUAUAGGGUCUACUAAAGUUGACCAAUGCUUUGAUCUCUGCACCGUGCCUGAAAUACCAGGAGGCUCACUGAACAAGGAAGUAGGUUUCAAAGUGGAGCCCGACUACAUUCUGGUUCUAACGUGUGAUGAUGGCGAGACAUGGAGGUCAAGUGUGUGGGCUCUGGUCAUUGUCAUUAUAACUUUAAGAUAG